CCCGCACAUGCGCAGUCCCCGGCUGCGCCAGCUGUCACUUGUUGUUAUACGGAGCCGGGUUGGAGCAGCUCACACACAGUCACCACCCCGGCCUCUUCAGAUACAGCACUGCGGGCCGGACCCGCUCUCCCCGGACACAGACCGCUUUCCCCGGACACUGACCGCUCUCGGAGCCCGCCACCCUCCCCCCGGCCAGGCUGUGUCCGCGAUAGAUGAGCCCCUGGCAGGCUGCCUAGCGGUAACAGACAGCUUCCACCGGGACAAUGGGCCUCCUCCGCCCGCUGGGCCUCCUGCUGCUGGUGCUAUGGCCUCAGAUUUACGCAGAUGAAGGUAUUCUACAUGCAGUUGACGAAAACAACAGUGUUUCUAAGGAUUAUUGUAUAACUUACAAUUCAAAUUGGACCACCAUGCCUUUAACCUACAAAAAUGAAACUUCUUACAAGCUUGAAAACCGGAGUUCAGUGGACUUGUGUAUUAAAACUGACAUUCUCACAACAGGUGUGAAGGACAAGGCAGUCGUGGUAAUUAUUGGGAAGUGCUCCAUUCUGGACAAGGCCAAAAUUGCACAGGAAAAUGGCGCUAAAAUGCUGCUUGUUACAAACAAAGACAGACUGCCUCGCAUGGCAGAAAACAAAAGUGGGUAUGAAAAUUUGACAAUCCCUAUUGCCUUUGUGGGUUAUGAAGACAUAAUGGGCAUGAGCCAGGUCUUUAGUAGCAGUAUUAAUGUCACACUCUAUGCUCCACAAUCGUCGCUGUUGGAUUACAGCAUGCUGAUCAUCUUUCUAAUUUCUGUGUUCACUGUGGCACUUGGAGGUUACUGGAGUGGAUUGUCAGAACUAGAAGAUCUGAGGCCCUCAUCUGGUUUUAGUGAAAUACGAACGCAGAAGCAAAAGGAUGAUAAUGUGACACUCACUCCUCUCACAGUUGUCCUGUUUUUUGUUGUAUGUUGUGCAAUGCUGCUACUGCUCUACUACUUCUAUGAGUGGUUAGUAUACGUUAUUAUUGCGGUCUUUUGCUUGGCAUCUGCAAUGAGCCUGUUCAACUGCCUGUCUGCGUUGAUUUAUAACAUCCCAUAUGGACAAUGCAGAAUUUCCUGCUUCAGUAAAAGCGCAGAAGUGAGGCUCCUUAUUCUGGCAGCUUUUUGUAUAGCUGUAUCUGUGACUUGGGCUGUAUUCCGUAAUGAAGAUCGGUGGAUUUGGAUAUUACAAGAUAUACUAGGAAUCGCCUUUUGCCUUAACUUUAUUAAAACACUCAAGAUGCCGAAUUUCAAGGCAUGUGUCAUACUGCUGGGGCUUCUGCUUGUGUAUGAUGUUUUCUUUGUCUUUAUAACUCCAUUCUUUACAAAGAAUGGAGAGAGUAUUAUGGUAGAAGUUGCAGCAGGACCUUCAGGAAACACAGAGAAGAAUGGUGAGAACUGGUUGGAAGUCCCCGGUGCAUCCAUUGUCACCCACGAGAAAUUACCUGUGGUCAUUCGAGUUCCAAGGAUGGAAUUUUCUGCAAAUAAAUUAUGUGGAGGUUCUACUUCAAUACUGGGGUUUGGGGAUAUAAUAGUACCUGGCUUAUUGGUAGCAUACUGCCGAAGAUUUGAUGUUCGAACAACUUCUUCAAGUGUUUAUUAUAUUUCAUGCACCAUAGCUUAUGCCGUAGGGAUGGUGAUCACAUUUGUAGUUCUAAUUGUGAUGAAGAGAGGUCAGCCAGCCCUAUUAUAUCUGGUACCAUGUACCCUUAUCACCAGCUCUGCCAUUGCUCUGAUAAGGAAGGAGAUGAAGAAAUUUUGGAAUGGUGGUGGUUACGAGAUAAUGGAGCAUGUGGAUAAUGCUGUCAGUGAAGAAAAUGCAACAUGUGGGGAUCAAGAAUCACAAUGAUUGAACUGUUAGAAUUGAAUUACUCUUUUAUUUUAUUUUGUAUAGAAAUUGAUUUCGAGCUUUGAGCUGGGUUUUACAGAUGUUAAAUCACUUUUUUUUUUUUUUUUUUUUUUUGGAACCCAAUUUCAGGGGAGCUUUCCAAUACAUAUAUUGAAUGGGGAUUGUAAUGUAAUAUGAAAUAUUUUGCUAGAUAUUUUUAUAAAGCACAAUUUUUUUUGUAAUGAACGAUAAAAUAUUGUUUCAUGGAAAACAAAUUCCUAUUAAAUUGUGCCUUAUUUAGACUGUACCAUUCAUUUAAUCUAUGCAUUACUAAAACCGUAAUGUACUAUGGUUUGUACAAGCAUAUAUGAUGCUAUAGUUGUGCAGAUGCGUUUUUUUUUUUGUUAAAUCUUUAUUACACUACAUUACACUAACAUAAUCGCUUUCUGAACUAUGUAAGUAUCCCAUUCCCACAUCACAGAACUUCUGUGUGCUGAUAACUUUUGUGUAAAAAGAAAAGAAAAUCUAGUGUUAUAAACUGAAUAACACAAUAGUCCUGAUAAACUGAGGAAACUGGAGCUAUGAACAAUUUAAGCUUAAAGGGUCUCUCCAGUGCCAAGAAAACAAUCGGUCUUCCUGGCACUGCAGGUCCCUUGUCCCUCCCACCUCCGAAUCCCCGGUUGCUAAAGGGGUGAAAACCCUUCAGUCACUUACCAGAGGCAGCGAGAUGUCCUACGUCGCUGCUUCUUCCUCCGAGGCCGCU